AAGUCUUUGUCACUCCAUGUUUACGGAAGGCAGGUCCAGCGCAAAACUCACCCAUGGGUUUAACCUACUCUGUUCAUCCGUUGCUAAAUUAACAUUUGGAAUUAUUUUAUUUCAGUUGUGUCUAUUGUUUUAUUCUCACAUUGCAGAUAGUUACAUUCUUCGUAAUGUGGGACCAUGAAAUCAGAGCCAUGGCGUCCACUCACGCCAUCAUCGCCGCCUCGGUGUUCAUGGCGACCGUCAUACCUGCGGCACUAGUCCCGGGCUUCUCGGUGUACGGCACUCACCUGCUGUGGCUCUACUCGGUGUCCGGUGCGGUCACCGCGGUCAGUCUCGCCGUCUUCUGGCUGCUCGGCAUCACACCUCCUACCAAGAAGCACACCGUUGGAUUCAAGCUGUCUAGGUUGUUUCGUUCAUGUCUGUACUUCUUCCUGUCGUGCCUGUUCUUCCACACUGUGGUCGUUCUCUAUGGAGCUCCACUGAUUGAAUCCGCCUUAGAGACAUUCUCCCUCGCUGUGCUGUUGACCUCUCUAACCACACUGAGGUGUCUCUGUGUCCUCGGCCCCAAUGUCCAGGCCUGGAUACGAGUGUUCAGCCGGCAUGGAGCUAUGUCUGUGUGGGACACCUGUCUACAGAUUACAGUGGCCUGCACAGUGGUAGGAGCCUGGGUUGGAGCCUUUCCUAUACCACUGGACUGGGACAGGCCAUGGCAGGUUUGGCCCGUUUCCUGCAGUCUGGGCGCUAUGAUCGGCUUCCUGACCGGGCUUGUUGCAGCUCCUGCGUGGAUCCACUAUCAUCGCAAACACCUCACAUACAAGUGCAAAUGAUGGACAGACAUGCAUUUCUGUGUUUUUGUGUUUGUGGCCACGAGGGUAUUUCUAGUAUUCCUGCUGUAUUCCUUUAACUUUGUACUGAAUAUUUAUUGGGAACUUUCACUCAGUUUGCUGCCUGUAGGAAAGAUGAUUUUCUAAUAACACAAGAUUGUAUGAGCAACAUUAAUUUUGUAUGCAUGAAGGCUGAAUGUUCCUGAGCAUUUUGACAUGAAUAAAGCAUUACUUCUUUUUGAUUAAAA